AUGAAAGACCUUGAAAAGUGUCUUCUGAGAGAUGAAGGUCUGUUCAACAAGGUACGAAGCACGAUUGCUGAAUAUUUAACGAAAGGAUACGCACACAAAGCAACGUUCCAAGAAUUGCAAGAACACAAAGCUCCCAACGUGUGGUAUCUGCCAUUGAACAUCGUGAUCAACUCCAGGAAGCCGGAUAAACUACGUUUGGAGUGGGACGCGGCAGCAGCGGUGGGUGGUGUCUCGUUAAAUUCCCAAUUACUUACGGGGCCAGACAUGCUGACAUCUCUUCCCUCUGUUAUAUGUCGUUUCCGUGAACGUGAAGUCGGGUUCGGAGGUGAUAUAAAAGAGAUGUACCACCAAAUACGUAUCAGAAAGGAGGAUCAGCAGGUUCAGCGGUUCUUGUUUCGAAACGACCCUUGCUCGCAUCCGGAGGUAUAUGUAAUGGACGUUGCUACAUUCGGCUCAACCUGUUCCCCGUGUUCCGCUCAAUUUAUAAAAAAUAAGAACGCAGACGAAUUCUCCACACAGUAUCCGGAGGCAUCGAAGGCCAUUGUGGAUAACCACUAUGUCGACGAUUAUUUUGACAGUACCGACACGGUGGGUGAAGCAAUAAGACGGGCGAAAGAGGUACGUUAUAUUCAUUCUCGUGGCGGUUUCGAAAUCAAAAACUGGGUAGCGAGUUCUAGUGAAGCCAAACCAGAACAGCGAAUACACUUUAACGAAGACAAGCAUACGGGGACUGAAAGAGUUCUCGGAAUUGUGUGGAAUUCGGAAAGUGACGAGUUUUGUUUCACGACAAGGUUACGUAAUGAGCUGAUGUCCUUUAUAACGGGGCAGGAGGCGGACUACAGUACUUUACAGCUGCACGUAUUCGUCGAUGCCAGCUCAAACGCAUAUGGGUGCGCAGCGUAUUUCCGGAUUUUGGUCGCUGGAAAACCGUAUUGUUCUCUCGUGAUGGCGAAGUCCAAGGUAGCUCCACUAAAGCAGCUGACGAUUCCACGACUGGAGUUGCAAGGGGCGGUGCUGGGAUCCAGGCUGUUAAACACCAUUAUCGAAACACAUUCACUGCCGAUAAAGCAACGGUACCUCUGGACGGAUUCUAGAACUGUUCUUUCCUGGAUUCACUCCGACCAGCGAAACUACAAGCAGUAUGUUGCUUUUCGAAUUGGAGAGAUCCAUUCUCUUACUAAUCCGGACGAAUGGCGCUGGUUACCAACAAAGCACAAUGUAGCAGACGACGUGACUAAGUGGCAAGCGGGACGCCGAUUCGAAUCCGACUCACCAUGGUUCCAGGGGACAAGCUUUCUAAAUCAUUUCGAAGAGCUAUGGCCGCAGCAACCGCAAGUAGAUCCAAACGUGUUGGAGGAAAUUCGGGCAAUAAAUAUGUUUCACGAUGUCUCAGUUAUGGAAGCAGUUAUUGACCCCCUCAGAUUCUCUAAGUGGAAGGUUCUGAUUCGGACUGUAGCUUGCGUGUACCGUUUCAUAACAAACUGUCGACGAAAGAUAGUAAAGCUGAGUAUUGAAGCUAUUUCAGUACCAGAGAAGGUGAAAAAACUCGCAAAAGUAAAACAUCCAGUUGUCUUAGUUCCACUAAAGCGUGAGGAGCAUCAGAAGGCUGAAUCCUAUCUAUGGCGAGUCGCACAAGCAGAAGUAUACAAGGAGGAAGUGAAGAUUCUACUAAAAAAUCAACAACUUUCUAGCUCAGACCGUCAUCGACUAGAGAAAGAUAGUGAACUUUACGACAAAUCUCCUUUCUUAGACGAUAGCAACGUUAUAAGAAUGGAAGGAAGGACAAAUAAUGCUCAAUUCAUUCCGUUCGAGUUGCGUUGUCCAAUUGUUAUGCCGAAGGGACAUCGCAUUACUACGAUGCUAGUGGAAUAUUUCCAUCAAAAAUGGGUCACGCGAACACUGAGACUGUUGUGA